CAGUCGCUGUCGGCAAUUCAAACGCGUAGCACACAUCGGUCGGAAUAAUUAGAAUGGAGAAGAACUUUCAAUACGAGAAUAUGCAGCCUCAGGCUCCGGGUUUCCAGGCACCGCCCAGUUAUGAUAGCGCACCGCAGCAGGUCUAUCCUCAGCUCCAUCAGGGACAGGGAGUGAUAUUGCAGGGUGAGAAUACAGAGAACUAUGAAUCAAUCGGAAAUAAUGCUCCACCCAAUGUCCUGGGCCAAUGUCCAUCCGUUGCCACUUGUCCGAGCUGCGGCGUCCGCAGGGAGACGAAGGUGGAGUUCGAGCCCAGCACCAAGACCCACCUGUUGGCCCUACUCAUCUGCAUGCUGGGGGGCAUUUGCUGCUGCUGCAUUCCGUACUGCACCGACUCCUGCCAGUCGGCCAAACACACCUGCACCAGCUGUGGAGCCUACGUGGGCACCUACAAGAACUAGAAGUGCUAUCUCAACACCAAAUAUUACAGGGAUAGAUCCCACUUUGUAUCUCCACACCUAUUGAUGGGAUCAGAUUUGGCACGAAUAUUCACGAAAUACAACUCUGGUUCAAAUCAAUUGAAUAUAUGUAUGUAAUUUUCGCAUUGGUUUACUUUUCAAAAUAAAUUUCUAAUCACACAAAUUGUUGGCGAUAUAUG